AUGAUCCUCCGUCUGCCUCUCCGGGGUGGGGGCAAAUUCGCCACCAUCAUCAGCUCCUACGCUCCCCCGAUGACCAGUCCCGACGCCGCAAGUGACAAAUUCUAUGAGGACCUGCACGACCUCCUGGAGACUGUGUCGAAGGCGGACAAGUUGAUAUUCCUUGGUGACUUAAACUUCCGCAUCUGCACAGCCCAUGCUGCCUGGAGAGGAGUGCUAAGUUCCCAUGGUCUCCGCGGAUCAAACGAUAAUUUCCUGCUCCUUCUCCGUACCUGCGCAGAACACCGUCUCAUCCUGACCAACACCUUCUUCUGUCUGCCGGAGCUAGAGAAGGCCACCUGGAUGCAUCCUCAUUCGCUUCAGUGGUACCUGCUGGAAUAUGUCCUCGUCCGGAGGCGAGACCAGAGUGACGUGCUAAUGCCAAAGGCGAUCGCGGUUGCUGACUGGUGGACCGACCAUCGCCUCGUCAUCUCGAAGAUGCGUAUUCGCCUACCGCUUCGCACGAGACCACAAAGUAAGCGACACCCAGGUAAGGUGAAUAUUGGCCUGUUGUUUUUGCCCGCUCACAAUCUCCAUUUCAGCAACGAGCUAGCUCGACGACCAGAUAACCUUGCAAUCACUCCCGCUGCCGCCGACGCCCUUGCCGUGAACGCCUCCGUGGGGAACCGAUGGUGUCAACUGCAGAACACAGUCCAGUCGACGGCGCUAGCCGUCCUCGUUCGCGCGCGCCGCCAACACCAGGACUGGUUCGACGACAACGAAGCCGUCAUCAGCAACCUGCUCACCGAGAAGGACCGCCUACACAAAGCCUACUUAGACCACCCCACCGAUGGCAACUUAGCUGCUUUCAACCGCAGUCGUCAACUCCUACAACAGCGACUGCACGAGAUGCAGGGCGCCUGGACGCCUCGCAAGGCUGAGGAGAUCCAAGGGCACGGGACCGCAACGAAUGGAAGAACUUCUUCUCCGCGAUCAAAGUUGUCCACGGUUCGCCGACCAAAGUCACUGCUCCUCUCCUCAGCGCCGACGGCAGUAGCCUCCUGACUGAGAAGACACAAAUUCUACAGGGGUGGGCCAAGCAUUUCCGAGGCGUACUCAACCGCCCCUCCACCAUCUCCGACGCAGUCAUCGCCCGUUUGCCGCAAGUGGAGACCAACGUGGACCUCGACCUCCCGCCCUCUCUCCAGGAAACCAUCAGGGCCGUGCAGCAGCUCUCCAGCGGGAAAACGCCCGGAUCGGACGCGAUCCCUGCUGAGGUCUACAAGCACGGAGGUCCCCAACUAAUGGAUCACCUGACUGCCCUCUUCUACGAGAUGUGGCAUCAAGGUGAAGUCCCGCAAGAUUUCAAGGACGCAACAAUCGUUCAUCUGUACAAGCGGAAAGGGAACCGCCAGCUCUGUGACAAUCACCGCGGCAUCUCCUUACUGAACAUUGUCGAGAAAAUCUUCGCUCGCAUCCUCCUCAACCGCCUGAAUAAUCAUCUAGAAUAG